AAAUAAAAAACAAAUCAUAAAAAAAUAUAUUAAAAAAAAGAAAUGUCUUUAGCUUUUGACGAAUACGGGCGUCCCUUUAUAAUUAUUAGAGAAUAAGAUUAAAAAAAACGUUUGAAAGGAAUAGAUGCUUACAAAUCUAAUAUUCUUGCUGCCAAAACAGUCGCAAAUACCCUACGUUCAUCCUUAGGACCAAAAGGUAUGGACAAGAUGUUAAUAUCUCCCGAUGGCGAAGUAAGUGUAACAAACGACGGUGCCACAAUAUUAGAAAAGAUGGAAAUCGAACACCCUAUUGCCAAAUUAUUAGUUGAAUUAAGUCAAUCUUAAGACAAUGAAAUAGGUGAUGGUACAACUGGUGUAGUUGUAUUAGCAGGAGCUUUACUAGAAUAAGCUAAUAUUUUAAUCGAUAAAGGUCUUCAUCCUUUGAAAAUAGCUGAUGGUUUUGACAAAGCAUGUGAAUUAGCAGUUCUUAGAUUAGAAGAAAUAUCCGAAAUGAUUGAUAUAAAAGAAGAUAAUCACGAAAGAUUAAUUGAAGCCGCGAUGACUGCUCUUAGUUCAAAAGUAGUAUCAAAAAACAAAAGAAAAAUGGCUCAAAUUUCAGUUGAUGCCGUUCUUUCAGUAGCUGAUUUAGAAAGAAGAGAUGUUAAUUUUGAUCUUAUUAAAUUAUAAGAAAAAGCAGGAGGAUCUUUAGAAGAUACAAGAUUAGUAAACGGAAUUUUAAUUGAAAAAGAUAUGUCUCAUCCUUAAAUGCCUAAGACAGUUGAAAAUGCUAAAAUAGCAAUAUUGACAUGUCCUUUUGAACCUCCUAAACCUAAAACAAAACAUAAUAUAAAUAUUACAAAUGCUGAAGACUAUAAGAAACUCUAUUUAUAAGAAUAAGAUUAUUUUAAAUAAAUGGUUAAUGAUUGUAAGAAAUGCGGGGCUAAUAUAGUUAUGUGUUAAUGGGGAUUUGAUGAUGAAGCUAACCAUCUUUUACUUUAAAAUAAUUUACCGGCUGUUAGAUGGGUAAGUGGAACUGAUAUUGAACUUAUUGCAGUUGCUACUGGAGGUAGAAUUGUUCCUAGAUUUGAAGAAUUAGAAAAUGUUAAAUUAGGAGAAGCUAAAAUGGUUAGAGAAAUCUAAUUUGGUACUUCUAACGAAAGAAUGCUUGUUAUUGAAGAUUGUAGAGAAUCUAAAGCUGUCACAAUACUUAUUAGAGGUGGAAGUAAUAUGAUUGUUGCUGAAGCUAAAAGAAGUAUUCAUGAUGCCAAUUGUGUUGUAAGAAAUUUAAUUAAAUGUCCAAAAAUUGUCUAUGGAGGAGGUUCUUGUGAAUUAGCUUGCAGUAUUAAAGUAAAUGAAGAAGCUGAUAAAAUAUCAACUGUAGAAUAAUAUGCUGUUAGAGCUUUCGCAGAGGCUUUAGAAUAAAUUCCUUAUGCGUUGUCUGAUAAUUCAGGUCUUAAUCCUAUUUAAUCAGUUGCUACAGCAAAAUCAGAUUAAAUUUCAUAAAAUAAUGCUAGAAUAGGUAUAGAUUGCUAGUUAGAAGGAACUUAUGAUAUGAAAAGUUAAAAAGUAUAUGAAACAUUUUUAAGUAAGAAAUAAUAAUUUGAAUUAGCAACUUAAGUUGUUAAAAUGAUAUUAAAAAUUGAUGAUGUAAUUACUCCAGAAUAAUGAAAAAAAAUGUUUUGUUUGUUUUUUAAUAAGGAAAACAAUAAAUAUUUGAUAUAAAUUUAUAUUUGAUUUUAUUUUAAAUAAUUAUUUAUAUUAAUUAAAAAUAUAUCUUUUUUAUAAAUAUAAAUAGU